AUGAAUUCAACUGUAGGCAAUUCUGGAACUGUUGUAUUCGGCAACGAACAACGUGGUGAUAGGGAACACCAAGUGAAUGGUCCAUGGAGCAUUUAUCUUUUACCAUCUAUGGAAAAUACUUUAUUCAUCGCAAAUCAUGAUGGACAUUCUGUAAUGCGUUGGUCUAUUGGCGAAAUUUCGGGUACUUUCGUAGCAGGCAAACCAGGUUUUUCAUGUUCUGAUUCUGACUGCCUACAUGACCCGAGCGAUGUUAAAGUUGAUGAUCAUUCGAAUAUAUAUGUAGUUGACUCGUUGAAUCAUCGAGUUCAAAUGUUUCGUCAAAAUAACACACAUGGUACAACUAUUAUUGGAAAUGGUAUCUCUGGUAAUAAAUCAACACAGUUAUCAGAACCACGCGGAAUAGCAUUCGAUUCAGCAAUGAAUAUGUACAUUUGUGAUACAGGCAAUAAACGAGUUCAAAAAUUUCUCAAACUUUAA